ACCCCAGACUGGUUUGCCUCGAUCUCGGGGACUGUCACCUUGGCGACCAGGGGCUGGGUAUCUUGGCCGGUAUGCUGAAAGAUACACGGGAGAGACAUGGUCUACGUGAGCUCAUUCUCAGCCACAACACGCGCAUCACUUGCGAUGGCUGGAGACGGCUCGCAAUGUCACUGGCUUCCGGCUCAAGCCUCCGCACUCUGCACGUGGACUUCAACGUCAUCGGUGACGCAUGUGCGGCGAGCCUAGUUACGGCGUUGCCAGGGGCGACGUGUCUCGAAACGCUCGAUAUGGAGUGUACGGGAAUCACCGAUUUCAGCGGACAGCUAUUGCUUCGUUUACUGCAGCACUUUAAACUGAAAACUGAAAGAAAUAAAUAUCGAGAAAAAACCCGAAUAUCCUGGAGACAACAAAAGUGUUACUUAAAAGUCAAUUGA